AUUGCAUCUGCUCAGUGCUCAUAACACAAAACAGUUCACUCCAGAAUUACUGUAGAUGUCAGGUUGACUAAAUGUCCAAGGGGUGUUUGUGCAGAGACAUAAUUAGCUACUGUCAGAGCGUCACAUUAUAAAUUGAUAAAUGUGGCUGAAAGGAUUUGGUUGGGUGCAUAGUGCGACACGACAGUGGAAGAUUGUAUGAUUGUCAUUUAACAACAUUUUGUGCCUCCUGUAUGAUUUCAUUAUUUAAAGUACUCAUUGUGAUUUAGGCUUUGUCAGACUGAGUGUUUCGGUUUAAACACUGUCACCUCACAAUAAAAAAAAGCUGAGCUCCUCUCACUAACAGUCUUGUCUGUGUAAGGUUGCGUUUUCUUGUUAUGCUGUCAUGUUUUCUCUGGAUAUGUUAGCCCCCUCUCCAAAGUCAGGAAAAUAGCAAGCCUUAAAUUGCCUGAAGGUAUGAAUGUAUGCUUUUCUUUUUCUAGUCCCAUGAUUGACCGAUGACAUUUGACAUGAGCGUCUCCUUGCUGUCUGCUAAUGUGGUAUUCACUCCAGCGGUGGUCAGUGAUGGACAAUGGGACCAUGAUGCAAAUAAAUUGUCAAAAGUAGUGUGACAUUCAGAUUAGUUUAUCCUUAUAUGGAUGAUUUACACUGAAGGGAAUUAAGUCAGUGAUCCAUGUGGCUCAAUUGGCGUAAACAGUGCUAGUGUGAGCGAUCAUGUGAUUCCAGUCUGGUCUAGGAUUGGCAUGGGGCUGUUGUCACAUGUCAGUCAGGAGGAGGGUCACAUGAUACUGAUUCUUGGAACAAACAAGCUCGUUUUCUUGACUUGUUUUUAAAAUUGAAUCAGGCACAUUCUGAUGCAUAAGCAUAUUGUGUGGAAUGGUGAGAGCAAUACGCUGCUGAGAUUAGGACUAUAGCGUCAGAUACUCUUUCUAUAGUGGCUUGGCUUAACUGAGGCAGUAGAUAUGAUAAACAAAUCUACAAGUCAGGUGACAUAUCGUGUUGUUCAGGUGACUGACCAGCACCUUGAGGGGAGAGAUGAUGGGGGUGGAGCAGUGAGCGUCGUCUCAACAGCUGCCUUCACUGGGGCUCCUCAGGCUGUUGCUCAGGCUGUGAUCCAAAACCCUUUCAGUAAUGGAGGAAGCCCAGCAGGAGAGGCGGUGGGAGGGGAGACGCGCUUUGCUUACUUCCCCGCAACUGCGGUGAGCGAUGGGACAGUGUCUGUACAGGCCGCCGCAGACCCCACACUCACACAGGCAGGGGCCACAGGUCAGUUUUACGUGAUGAUGACCCCACCUGAUGUAAUUCAGGCAGGCACGCCACGAACCAUCGCCCCACGCACACAGCCCUACCCUGCAGAUGAAAACGAGCUGCUGCAACAUGAAGGUUUAAACUGGAAAAUGGAUGGACCACGAACGCCAAGAGAUGAAAGGAGAAGAGCGCAACAUAAUGAAGUUGAGAGGCGACGAAGAGACAAGAUCAACAACUGGAUUGUCACUCUUUCCAAGAUCAUCCCAGACUGCAGCAUGGACAGCACCAAGACAGGAGCGAGCAAAGGAGGCAUCCUGUCCAAAGCUUGUGACUACAUCCGUGAGCUGAGGCAAAGCAACCAGCGACUGCAGGAGAGUCUGAAGGAAGUUGAGAGGAUACAAGUGGACAAUGAGUUGUGCAGGCAGCAGAUCGAAGAGCUGAAGAAUGAGAAUGCUUUGCUCCGAGCGCAACUCCAGCAGCACGGCAUCGAGAUGGUUGGAGAGACGCCACCGCAGUGACAAAAAGAACGGGGGCGAGCACCACCACUCAGACACAAUAACCAACACGGUGGAAAUGGCGGCAAGAUGAGGAAAACAAGGACUUGUGAAGAGUCACUUUCUCUUUAGUGAAUGCAUCCUUCCCUGGGUUCCCAGGUCGCGAACCCUUCACCGGCCAAUUCUGGCUGUACUUGACUGUUCCAAUCAUAUUGAGAUAACCACCCGUUACAACUCAGUAGAAAUGAAAUCAGAGUGCUUUACUGGCACUAGCUAUGAAAGAGAACCUCUGCUGAACUCCUCCCUUGUUUUGUAUUUAUGUAGCCUCACUCAUGGACUAUGAUGUUUGUCAUUUAAUUUUGUUCCCUGUCAGUGUAUUUUUAUCCCCCAAUUAUUAAUUUUGACUUAGUUCAUGCUUUUAUUCUGUUUGUGUUUUUGAGUUGUGUAUUAAUAUGUUGUUUUUAGCUGCUUUAAUUUAUUAGUCCGCUUGCUGACAGAAGCCUUGAUGGAGACCAGUUACACGGAUGCUCAUGCACCCCAGAGAAGCAGAUUGAAUUUUAAGUGAAAAAACAUCAAAGUACGCAAAACAUUAUGACUCUACAGACAGAAAUAGUGUGACACACAUAGCUUACCUAGACCCAAAGACAAACAAAGAGCUGUGCUGGCCUUUGCUUCUGGGCUGAUUUAUGUAAAUAUGACUUCUCAUGUUUUAAUACAGAUGGUACAGAAUGUUAGAGCAGAUUAUCUCUGGGAGUAAACAAUCAAUAACUCAUUAACUUCAUACUGGCCCUUUGUCCUAAUAAUUACCAGGAAGUCUGUGCAAUCUUGAAGCUUGAUUUGGGAAAAAAAAAAGUGGUAAACUUGAAUCGUUGGGCAUUUGCUAUACCAGACAAAUAACUCAGAAAGUCAACAAAUCACUUUAAAAUACUGUUCAGUUGUUUUUCAGCUAAAAACGGAAACACAAUUAUGGAACAUGCAGGCGAUUGACAAACCCAGCGUCCUGGAUUGUGGACUGGAGAGAAGUGCAGUGCAAAUUCCAACUUUUGCCAAACUAUAUAGGUACUGAGGGUUUUAUUUUCAUCUUUUGUUCAUGUGUGAUUUACUGGUGUCCCAGAACGUGUAAGAAUAAUCCCCACAUGUUUCAUUUCAAGCUGUUUGCUCUAUUUUGGUAUUGCAACACUUCAAAUGGAGCUCAACGCACAAGGGGGGAGAGGCACCCUGGAGAGCGGUACUCAAAGACUCACUGCUCACUAUGGAAAAGGAGCAUACAGAAAUUCUGUGUUGUACUUCUUAGCUGAGCGCUGCUCGUUCUCCAUGAAAAGAUGGAAUAGUUGGAAAGUGGGAAACUUGGAAGUGAUCUCACAUAUUUCUCCACCCACUCAGGCGAACAAUAAGUAAACUGUAAUUGGCUGUACAAACAGCAAAAGCCAAUAUUAACGUUGUUGAUGAUUUUGUGAAUGAAUAUACAUGAUGUAUUUUUGUUCCGCUUUGGGCGAUGUGAGUGAAAGUGGAAGAGAGAUAUCAAGCUUCGGAGCCACUUAUUAGAGCACGAUUGCUUCUCCCUGUAUCAACAGCUCAGGAUGCAGCAAAGCAAAACCAACACUCAGACCCCUGGCAAAAUCAGGCAGACUAUCACAUUUUAAUAUCUCAGACUCUAAGUUAACAGCUUGUGCUUUGGAAGUGCUGUUCUGCUACUACUGCUAGAUUCAAACCUGAUAUGGAUAGUGCAAGUGUCUGAUCUAUCAAACAAGGCUCCUAGCCAAAGUUGAAUGAUAGAUGUUUUGCAGUAGAAUUUUUUUUACACAUCAGUGAGAAGAGAGCAGAGAAUGUAAAGACAUGAAUAAUGCUUUGGAAGAUGGAUGUUCACAAAUGAAAGGUCAUUCGUGGCUAAUUUUUUUUUUUUUCUUGUUUCUUUUUUUGAAAUGGCAAAAGAAAGAAAAAAAGACUCCCUUUCUCUCUGUAGCAGCCUCACUGUUCUCAGGUUAGAUUGUAAGACAUCUUUUCUAAGUAAAAUGGUGGAAAAUAAAACUUUCACUAGCUAAUAA